AUGAGACAGGAAGCUCUUAAGUCAGUUGGUGGCGAGAAUGUCGCAGCAGCAUUGGAAUGGCUUCUGCGCGAGCAAGAAGGAGUUGAAGAACAUCAGGAGAAAAUUAGUGGAGAUAUUCCUGGAAAAUCCACUGAUAUGGCGAAGAACGCUGAAGCAUCAGACCCCUCUGCAGUAUCAGAAACGUCGAAAGCUCAGUCGAUCAAAUGCGAUGAGUGCGGCAAACUUCUGGCUACCGAAGCGGACGUUUUGUUGCAUUCGACGAAAAGUGGACAUUCGACGUUUUCAGAAAGCACUGAGCAAAUACAGCAGAUGACCGAAGAGGAGCGGAAGGAGCGUCUCAAGGCGAUUGAAUCGAAGAUCAAAGAAAAUCGGAUCAAAAUGGAGGCUUUAGAUCGACAAAAGGCCAUCGAUAUGGAGAAGCAGCGGAGAAAAACUGGUCAGGAACUGUUGCAAGCUAAGCAAAAGUACGAUGACACGUUGAAAGUCGGUUUCCGUAGCGUUUCAUCAAUUCAGUUAUACUGUGUCGUAAAUUUUGCGAAGCACUGGCGCGGUGACGCUCUUUUGGGUUCAAUAUUUUGGCUGGAAGAAAUGGAAAUGAAAAAAUUGAUCGAGGAGAGGAAGAAGAACAAACGCGAAGAUUACUUAGCCAAGUAUGUAACAUUCCAUCGUUUGGACUGUAAACUUUGUUUAAUUUGUUUAGACAAAGAGUUCUCGAGCAGAUUAGGCAAGAUCGAGAAGCUCGGAAGCAUGUAA